AUGCGGUCCUGCGGCAACCCGUUCGCCUUGGGCACAGGUCUCUGGGACCCGUCUCACCGGUUCGAGACGUCGUGGCUGCUGAGUCCUUGGCUGCUCUUUGCCUGCCGCUUCCUCAUCGGAAUAUACGCCUUGGUGACCCGUUUGUUCCUCAUUGGAUACACGUGUACGCAUGAUGGCGAUGGCUGCACGCAAGCAAAGCAGUCCUUCUCCUACUUCACCAUCCUGACCUUCUGGGGUAUCGCGUGCUACUUCCUUGUCGCCGCCUUCCACACAUUCUUCUAUGCCCUCCGCGGACGCUCUCCUCUUGAGUCCUUCCCGCGUUUCCUCCAGGCCCUUCACUCGCUCUUCUACACGACGAUUGUCACCUAUCCCUUCCUCGUCACCAUCGUCUACUGGGUCGUGCUCUUCCGCGGCCCCUGGUUCGAUACCGAGAUCAUGGCAUGGUCCAACGUCACCCAGCACGGGCUCAACAGCGCCUUCGCCCUCUUCGAGAUUUUCAUCCCGAGAACCGAGCCGAUGCUCUGGAUCCACCUGCUUUGGGUCUUGAUCAUGCUUGCCGCCUAUCUCGGCCUCGCCUAUCUCACCUACGCCACGCAAGGCUUCUACGUGUACUCGUUCCUGGACCCGGCUAAUGGCCACGGGAGGGUCGCCGCCUACGCUUUCGGAAUCCUCGCUGCCAUUCUCAUCAUCUUCUGCGUCGUGUAUGGAUUGAUCUGGGUUCGGAAGUGGUUCACUGAGAAGAAGCUGGGCAUGGAUGGCAAGUUUGCUCACCAGCGUAAUUCGAGACCGGUGGAGAUGAGCGUGCGCCCCAAGGGAGGCAGGGGAGAUGCGGGAAUGGUUUAG